CACCUAACAAUGUCUGACGACAAAGCCAUUCCCAAAACGGACUACAAACUCGAGGCUGACUCUGAGCUGCGGUUUGAGAUAGAAAACAAAAACGAAAAAGUAACCGUUGUGCUUCUCAAUGGACUGGCGGAACUUUUCGGCACGGAGCUGGUUGUGAAAAAACCGUACGAUUUCUUCACAGGCGCUAAGGUGGCCAUUUUUACCUACCAUGGAUGUACGAUCGAGCUGCGCGGCAAACCGGACGUGGCGUACGUUGCCAAAGAAACGCCAAUGGUCAUGUACUUGAACGCCAACUCGGCACUGGAACACUUGCGCAACAAGGCCGAGCAGGAAGAUGCGCAAGGUCCGAUCGCGAUGGUGGUUGGUCCGAUGGAUGUAGGAAAGACAACACUGUGCCGAAUUUUCCUGAACUACGCUGUACGGCUAGGCAGGCGCCCGAUUUACGUUGACUUAGAUGUAGGGCAGGGUGGGAUCGCUAUACCCGGCACCAUUGGGGCAUUGCUGGUUGAACGACCGGCGCCGGUAGCGGAAGGUUUCUCCCAGCAAGCUCCGCUUGUGUACCAUUACGGACACAGUUCACCGUCCUCAAAUAGCACAUUUUAUGAUGUGCUGAUUUCGAAACUGGCCGAAACAACGCUCGAAAGAUUGCAGGCGAAUAAGAAGGCGAAAUCGUCCGGGAUGAUCAUCAACACCUGCGGAUGGGUUAAAGGAUCCGGCUACUCGCACAUACUGCACACGGUGGAAGCGUUCGAAGUCAGCGCUAUCUUUGUGCUCGAUCAGGAGCGUCUCUAUAACGAGCUGCUGCGUGAUGUGAAGAGCACCGUGCAAGUGGUUUUUCUGCCAAAAAGCGGCGGUGUAGUAGAACGUACUAAAUCCCAGCGCACAGAGGCAAGAGAUCAGCGUAUAAGGGAAUACUUUUAUGGCUCCAAAAUGCCACUCUUUCCGCACAGUUUUGAUGUAAAGUUUUCGGACAUUAAAAUAUUCAAAGUCGGCUCGCCACCGUUACCAGCUUCCUGCUUACCGCUGGGCAUGAAAGCGGAAGAUAACUACACAAAACUCGUCUCCGUCCAGCCUGGUCCCCAGCUGCUGCAUCACAUACUGGCGGUUAGCUUUGCCGAAAGCACAGACGAGAAUGUGAUACAAACGAACGUGGCCGGUUUCAUCUGCGUCACCAAUGUCAACAUGGAAAAGCAAGUGCUAACGGUGCUAUCUCCACAACCGCGCCCACUUCCCCAAACAAUACUGCUCGUUUCAGAUCUUCAAUUCAUGGACAGUCAUUAAAGACAGGCG